AUGAUAAAGCACAGGCGGCUCUCAAGACACCGCGUCGAGAAAAUUGAAUCAGAACUUAGGACAACAGUCAAGGUUAAAGCAAAUGCCUCAUUGCGUUCUGGCGAGGGACUUGCAAGCCUUCGGAAAUUUGCUUUCAUAUUCAAUGAACUUAUCCUGACGCGGCAGGAAAUUCAAAAGGAAUUUACAAAGCUUCCUGAUUUUCUGAGGUAUCAGGGCCAACAGAAGUCUGAAAAAUUGCUGUGGAUCUUCAAGGCAUCAAUGAUGCAAGAAAGACAGCCAUCAUCUAAAGAGACUAAAGGUAGACAUAGCUGCACUGCAAGAGACCCGCCUCGCAGACACAGGAACCCUCAAGGAGAAAAACUUUACUUUCUUCUGGCACGGAAAGAGCGCAGAGGACCGAAAAGAAAAACCCUGUUGAAGAUGGUUGAACCCGGAGACAAGGGAUCCAAACGCCUGAUGAUAAUCCGAAGGCUUUGUCACUCUUGUCAGCGCCUACGCUCCCACUCUUACAUCCACAGUAGAAGCAAAGGACGAGUUUUAUGUCAACAUCAGCAACGUCAUCAAGUAAAUACCCCCAAGAAACACGUCAUCAUCCUGGGAGACUUCAAUGCUCGAACUGCGACACUGACCACUCUCUUGUCUGCUGCAAGAUCAGGCUCCAUCCUAAGAAACUCCACAGCUCCAAACAGAAAAGCAAACCUCGCAUCAAUACCACCAGAGAGAGUUGAAGAAUUUAUCAAGUCCCUCCAAGAAGCUCUGUCUGUCGAACACCAGCACUGCUCUGCUUCUGAGAAGUGGGACCACCUCAUUCAGAAAACAGCCUUUGCAACCUUUAGGAAAAAGACCUCAAAGAACAACGACUGGUUUGAUGCCAACUCCAGCUCAGCGCCUCCAUCUAGUCUGCAGAAGCCUCAGGCAACAUCAGAGGAAUAUGACUUUCCUUCAAAAUCCAAAUCGAUCUCCUUCCAGACGUACAACAUCGACGCCCAAGUAGGAGGUUCGUCAGCCUGCGCCACCGCCCUCAUGUGUGGCGUCAAGGCAAACGUCAACACCGUAGGCCUGGACAGCACGGGCAAGUUCGAGGAUUGUAAAUCUUCAUAUACGGCUGGCGUCUCCUCGAUCAUCGACUGGGCGCAGAAACAUGGCAAGAGCACGGGCAUCGUGACCAACACCCGCCUCACCCACGGCACGCCCUCAGCCCUCUACGCCCGCUCACCCUCCAGGUAUUGGGAGGACGACGCCAAGGUCCCGGUGCACGCCCAUGCAACCUGCAAGGACAUCGCGCGGCAGCUGGUCGAGAACGAGCCGGGACGCAAUAUCAAUGUCCUGCUGGGGGGCGGCCGCCGUCACUGGAUCCCCAUGACGGAGUUCGACCGCGAGGAGCGAGACCAGCGAGGCCGAAGGACCGACGGGAGGAACCUUCUAGACGCUUGGGUUCACGACAAGAAAGCCCGAGACCUCAACGCCGAGUACGUGUGGAAUAAGGCGCAGUUCGAGGGCGUGGACGCGCGCCACACGGACUAUCUGCUGGGAAUAUUCGGCUACUCUCACUUGGACUUCGAGGUUGACCGGAACAAAGGGCCUUCAGGUGACCCUUCGCUUAUGGAAAUGACGAUGAAAGCCAUUCAGAUCCUGCGUAAAAAUCCUCAUGGAUAUUUCCUCAUGGUAGAAGCCGGCCGAAUAGACCACGCCCACCACCACAACAACGGGCGGCGGGCGUUAGAGGAGGUGUGUGUGAUGGACGAUGCUAUACAGGCCGCCCUCAACACGACAUCUCCCACAGACACUCUCCUCGUCCUAACAGCUGAUCAUUCGCACGUGUUUACCUUUGGAGGAGACAACACGCCCCGAGGCCAUCCUGUGACGGGGUUUGACAGAAAGCUUAGCGACUUGGACGGAAAACCCUACACUACCCUCUUGUAUGGCAAUGGCCCAGGGUACGCUCAUGCCACGCCCACGGGAAGGCAGGAUCUGACGGGGUUCAACACACAGGAUAUCAACUUCGUGCAACAGGCUGCUGUUCCUAGGAAGUAUGAGACGCACGGCGGCGAGGACGUACCCGUGUACGCGUACGGGCCCGGGGCGCACCUGUUUACGGGCACGAUCGAGCAGACGUAUAUCGCGCAUGCCAUCGCCCACGCCGCCUGCAUCGCCGACGACAACACCCACUGCGAGAAGCCGCCCAGCGACGACGCCUGCGCCGUCGCGCCCAAUCCCGCCCCCGUCCCGACCUCACGCCGCCCAUUCGGCCAGAUCUCGCCCACGGUGGCAGGCCAGAAGCACGCCCGAGACCCA